AUGGUUUGUGAUACUUGUGGCUUCAACAACCCAAACUGUGCCGAUUGCGGUGGUUUCCGCUUCCCAUUUGUUCGAUACGCUCGAUCUCACAUCGGAUUGCCCGUCGCCGUCUUCGCCGGCCCGAAUAAGAUGCGCCUUGACAUCCACCUUAGCCUCCUCGCUACCGUCUCCCUACUCUUUAGAAAUCUCCCCGCCGACCGCCGCCAAGCAAUAUACCUUCCAGAGAUUGCUGUUCAAGACCUCCAUGCACUCUUCGAUUGGCUAUAUGAGGACCGUGCACCGCAAUACACAACCACCGCCGGCCUCCUCCCACUCAUGCGUCUCUGGAUCGCUGCUUCCGCGCUCGGAAUGCACCAGUACCAGAACGCAGUCCUACGCAUUGCCUCAGGGCUCUUUGAACGAAAGGAUGCGGUUAUUGACAUCGAGCCGGUCGCCUAUGUCUAUCGAAACACCUCUGUGGGUUCUCCGCUCCGCGGAUUUGCGAUCGCGGUCUUCGUCCAACGCGCUCCGCUAAAGGCGCAUUUCUUCAAUUUCAGGUACGUAAUACCUGGUUUAUGGCAGGAUGCUCUGGCUUUCGUCAAGAUGCUGGACAACGUGAGGCGGGACAAUAUGAUGGGCGUUGAGGGCUAUAAUUUACACGAUAUUUGUGAUGUCCUCUUCAAUCCAGUGACAGGGCAGUGGAAUUAUAGUACGCCGCAAGGGGUGACGCUUGACUGGUCUAAGGUUAUAUUCACUCUCCCGGACAACGUUAUCUACGGCAAAAAUUGGGAGCAGAUGCCGGAUAACUUUUUCGUGAGCGCUGAAAAUAGUGCAGCGGGUGCAGAGGAGGCAGGGAAGCAGAUUGCGGUGUAG